AUGAUUCCCACACCGGGCCUACCAAAUUCUGAUGCUUUGAGAUCCCAAACCUGGGCCGCUGGUUCGGACGGCAUGCCCGCAUCAGGGUUGGUGGCGGGUCCGAGUGCAAGCAUGGCUGCUGCUGCUGAUGGCGCGGCUGGCAGCUUGGGUGCUGCGUUGGGGGCAUCUAUGGGCGCUGGUCAAGCAGUGGCGAGAGGAGGGAGAGAGGGAAGUGGAGUUGCUACAGAGUUUUGUUCACCUUCUUGCCUAAUCCAUGUUUACUGGCUCUCAACCCGCUCUUUUCGUUUCCACCCUCUCUUUUUAUACUCUCUCCCCUCCCCCCCUGCAAUUCGUCCCCUCCCUGUGCAUCCCCCCUUCUCCCUGCGCCUCCCCCCUCUCCCUGCGCAUCCCUCCUCCCUGCGCAUCCCCUUCUCCCUGCGCCUCUCUCUCUCCCUGUCUGCAGCGAUGCCAGGGUACCUGCCGCCAGGCCCUUCCAUCCCGUCUGGCCCAGCAGGGGCGGGAGUGGCAGCAGAGCAGGCAGGUCGGGCGGGUGGCGCGUCGCUCAUGAUUCCCACGCCUGGCGGCCCUCCUGUGAUGGACGCUGGGGGUCUCACUGCCUCUGCUACUCGCGAGGACGCCUCUACUGGGGCGGGGGCUGCAGGUGGGGCGGUUGGGGCGGGUGGGGCUGGUGGGGCUGUGGUGGACGGUGCUGCUGUGAGCGGUGCCGGUGCCGGUGUCGGUGCUGGUGCUGCUGGCGUAGGUGGUGCAGGCAGUGUGAUGGCGCAUCAGCAGCAGUCCCGCCAGCAGCCGCAGCCGCACCCGCAGGUUAAGGGGAACGCGGGAUUUCCACAGCGGAUGCAAGGGGGGAAAGGGCCUGUGAGCUCACAGCAAGUGCAGCAGCACCAGCAGCCGUCGGGCUCAGCACCUGGUUCUGGAGCUACAGGUGCAGUGCAGAAUGGCGUGCAGGUUAGUGCAGAACCGUCCUCCAAAGCCACUGCAGGGGCAGGAGCAGUGGCGGGAGCAGGGACAGGAGCAGGAGCGGCAGCAGGGGCAUUGGUGGAAGCAGGAGCAGGGACGGGAGCAGCGGGGGAUAUAGCAGCAGGAGGCGGCGCGAUUGACCCCCAGCGGGCGAUGCAGUACCAGCGGCAGCAGAAGUGGCUGCACACGCUGCGCCAUGCAUCCCGCUGCACCGCUGCCAAUGGCUCCUGCAACGUUGGCGCGCACUGCCGAGUGUUUCGAGAGCUCUGGGCCCACUGCUUUCGCUGCAAGGACCCUGAGUGCGCUUACCCCCGCUGCGUCCCUUCCAGGAAGCUUCUGCACCACCACCAGAUUUGCCGGGACCCCAAGUGCCCUGUGUUGUCUGUGGCAGAUGGAGCGGUUGCAGUGAAUGGUGACGCUUCUCAUGCUGCAGCUGCUGCAGGCGGGCAGAGGGACCACUCCACUGCAGUGCCGGUUGUCACCACCACAGGUACCGCCAAGCCUGCAUCUGCACCUGUACCUGAUGACACAGCCGCAGCCAAGGGGGGAUCUGUCAAUGGAGCUUCUGCUCCUGGUGUUUCUCCUGCUGGCGCUCCUCUCUCAGGCAUGCCGCUGGGUCCUGCUGCAGGGGCAGCAGGGGCAGCAGGGUCUGUGGAGAGGCCAACGCAAGGUGGUGCUACUGCUGCAGCCAGUGCUGCUGCUGCUGCCAGUGCUGCCAGAGCAGCAGGAGCAGCAGCGGCUUCAGGCUCAGCUGGUGCUGCGGGCGGUGCUGGGCCGGCCAUUACAGGGCAGAAGAGGCCGAAUGAGGGAGCUAGGCGUGGGGAGGGCGGGAUGGCAGAGCCAGGGCGGGAGAAGGAGAAGGAGAAGGAGAAGGGGGCAGGCGCACAGCCGUUGAAACGGGCGAAGCUGGAAGGCGGGGGUGGGGGGCUUAAGGCAACAGGUGGUGGGCCAAAACGGAGCUCAGGCGUGAAAGCAGAGGCUGGCGCUGCUUCUGCUGCAGCAGGAGGAGGAGUGGGUGGUGGUGCUGGUGGUGGCGAGAAGGAGAGGCCAGAGAGGCCUGCUGAUGCCAAGGCAGGCAAGGCUGCUGGCAGCAAGAUGCAGGGAAGUGCCAACGGGGCUCUGGCAGGGAGAGCAGGCGCACAGGCUAAAGGCGCUGCUGCUGCUGCUGCUGCUGCUGCUGCUGCUGCUGCUGCUGCUGCUGCUGCUGCUGCUGGUAGCGCUGCAGUGAAGAAAGAGGGAGGGUGGGUGCAAUGCGACACGUGCGACCGGUGGGUGCACCAGGUGUGUGCGCUGUUCAACGGGCGGCGCAACGAGGGUGAGGCGGAGUACACGUGUCCGCUGUGCUGCUGCGACCAGAUGGAGCGCGGCCAGCGCACCCCCCUCCCGCCCUCCACCGUGCUCGGCGCCAGGGACCUGCCGCGCUCGCACCUCUCGGAUCAUCUGGAGGGGCGGCUGGCGAAGAGGCUGGCGCAGGAGAGGGAGGAGCGGGCCAGGCAGCAGAGGAAGAGACCGGAUGAGGUGGAGGGGGCGGAAGAGCUGGUGAUCCGAGUGGUGUCAUCAGUGGAUAAGAAGAUGGAGACGAAGCCGCGCUUCCUUAACAUGUUUCCCGAGGGGGAAUACCCCAAGGAAUUCCCUUACAAGUCAAAGGUGGUGCUGUUAUUCCAGCGCAUAGAGGGCGUGGAGGUGUGUCUCUACGCCAUGUACGUGCAGGAGUUUGGUGCCGACUGCCUGCCGCCCAACCACCGCCGCAUCUACCUCUCCUACCUCGACUCCAUCAAGUACUUCCGCCCUGACGUGCGCACCGUUAACGGGGAGGCCCUGAGAACAUUCGUGUACCACGAGAUCCUGAUCGGGUACCUGGAGUAUUCCAAGAUGCGUGGCUUCACGAGUUGCUACAUCUGGGCGUGCCCGCCCCUCAAGGGAGAGGACUACAUCCUGUACUGCCACCCUGAGAUCCAGAAGACACCGCAACCUGUCAAGCUGCGCGAGUGGUACCUCACCAUGCUGCGGAAAGCCACAGCAGAGAACAUAGUGGUGGAGGUGAGCAACCUGUACGACACGUUCUUUGUGCAAAUUGGCGAGUGCCGCGCACUGCCCUCUGCUGCCCGCCUGCCGUACUUCGAUGGGGACUACUGGCCGGGCGCCAUGGAGGACGAGCUGCAGAAGCUGCUGGAGGAAAGAGAGGAGGAGAAGGCCGGAGGGAAGGGGCCCAAGAAGGCCAAGAAGAGCAAAGCGUCCAGCAAGCGGGGUGGUGGAGGGGGGCGAGAUGAGGAUUUGGGGACUCCUGCGUCGCUGGACAAGCAACUGAUGAGCAAGCUGGGCAGCACGAUACUGCAGAUGAAGGAGGAUUUCAUAAUGGUGCACAUGCACUACUGCUGCUCGCACUGCAAGAACUUCAUCAUCAGCGGCAACAGAUGGGUGUGCUUACAGCCGCAGUGCAAGCACUUCAACAUCUGCGACUCGUGUUUCACGCAGGAGGAGCGGCGCAGCCCCGCGGACCGCCAUCCUGUGCUGCUCAGAGAGGCUCACCAACUCACACCCAGGCCCAUCGACCCGCCAGUCCCCCCGGAAACUAAGGACCCGGACGAAGUGGUCGAAUCCGAGUUCUUUGACACGCGGCAGGCGUUUCUGUCGCUCUGCCAGGGCAACCACUACCAGUACGACACACUGCGCCGCGCCAAGCACUCGUCCCUCAUGGUGCUGUACCACCUGCACAACCCCACCGCGCCCGCCUUUGUCGUCACCUGCAACGCGUGCCAGCGGGAUAUAGAGAACCGGCAGGGGUGGCGGUGCGAGCAGUGUCCGGACUAUGACGUGUGCGCUCAGUGCAAGGACACGUGCGGGCACCCCCACCCGCUGGUGUCGCAUGCGAGCCAGCCGGAUAGGAAUGCACAGAGCCAGGAGGGCCGGCAGCAACGCAUCAAGGAGGUGCGCAAGAUGUUGGAGCUAUUGGCGCAUGCAGCGUCCUGCCGCCCCCAGCCGGGCACGGUGUGCACGUACCCCAAGGGGCUGCCAGCACUGCAAGCGCAUGUGGGGGCUGCUGCACCUGCACGCGCGCUCCUGCAAAGACAGCCUCUGCAAAGUGCCCCGCUGCAAGGAUCUCAAGGAGCAUUUCAGGCGGUCGGCGCAGCAGAUGGAGUCGAGGCGGCGCAAGGCCGUGCAGGAGAUGAUGCGGCAGAGGGCAGCGGAGGCAGCUGGAGGGGCGCUCAAGAGAUGACGCGGUGCAGAGUGGUGGGCACAGUGCGCCCUCUACAACUAUUGCUGGAGGUUGCUGGUUGGCUCGUGGCUCUCAGCAUGUACUCACUACUGGUUCGGAGGAGCGGUUUCAAGAGAAGAGCUGGAGGCAAAAGAGGUGACGGUAGCAGCGGAGGGGAAGGGAUGCUGGUUGUAGCAGGGGCGGUGAAGGCGGGAGGGACAGGCAGCAUCGGCUUGAGGUGGUGGUGGGAUUGGCAGCCCAUCCUGUAUAUCGAAGUGUAA